CUUCCUCAUUUCAGGAUAUCUCGACAAGAAGAGAGAGCCCGGCCAAAAUGUCCAGCUACGACAAGUACCAGACCCCCCUCGCCACGAGGUAUGCGUCCCAGGAGAUGAUGUCCAUCUUCUCGGCUCGCACCCGUGCCUCCACCUGGCGUCAACUCUGGGUCUGGCUGGCCGAGGCCGAGAAGGAGUUGGGUCUCAACAUUCCCGAUGAGGCCAUUCAACAGAUGCGCGAGCACGUUACUGUGAGCGACAAGGCCUUCGACGUCGCCCGUGAGUACGAGAACAAGUUCCGUCACGAUGUCAUGGCUCACGUCCACGCCUAUGGCGAGGAUGCUCCCGCUGCUGCCGGCCACAUUCACUUGGGUGCCACCAGCUGCUACGUCACCGAUAACGCCGACUUGAUCUUCAUCCAGAAGGCUCUUGACCUCAUCCUCCCUAAGCUGGCCAAGGUCAUCCAGAACCUCAAGGAGUUCGCCCUUAAGUACAAGGACACCCCCACCCUUGGCUUCACCCACUACCAGCCCGCCCAGCUCAUCACCAUCGGCAAGCGCGCCUGCCAGUGGAUCCAGGAGCUCGUUAUGGACCUCGAGGAUAUCGAGACCGUCCGCGAGCGUCUCCAGUUCCGCGGCGCCCAGGGCACCACCGGCUCGCAGGCCACCUUCCUCGAGCUCUUUGAGGGUAACGCCGACAAGAUUGUCGAGCUCAACAAGAUCCUCUGCAAGAAGGCCGGCUUCCCCUCCACCUACCCCAUCUCCACGCAGACCUACACCCGCAAGGUCGACCUCCGCGUCGCCAACGCCGUGUGCGCCAUCGGCGCCACCGCCGAGCGCAUCGCCUCGGACAUCCGCCACCUGGCCAACCUCAAGGAGAUGGAGGAACCCUUUGAGAAGUCGCAGAUUGGCAGCUCGGCCAUGGCGUACAAGCGCAACCCCAUGCGCUCCGAGCGCAUUGCCGCCCUCUCCCGCAAGCUGGCCAACCUGCCUGUCAACUUCAGCAACACCUUCAAGGCGCAGUGGUUUGAGCGCACGCUCGACGACUCGGCCAUUCGCCGCAUGGACAUCCCCGAGAUGUUCUUGCUGGCCGACUCGAUCCUGCUCGCGCUCGACAACGUCACCAACGGCCUGGUCGUCUACCCCUCCGUCGUCCGCGCCCACAUUGACCAGGAGCUGCCCUUCAUGGCCACCGAGUCCAUCCUCAUGAAGCUCGCCCAGCACGGCGUCUCCCGCCAGGACGCCCACGAGGAGAUCCGCGUCUUGUCCCACCAGGCUAGCGCCGUGGUCAAGCAGGAGGGUGGCAAGAAUGACUUGCUGGAGCGCAUCAAGAAGUCCGAGUUCUUCAAGCCUGUUUGGGGCGAGAUUGACGGGCUUGUUGACCCUGCCUUGUUCAUUGGCAACUGCCCCAGGAUUGUGGAGGAUUACUGCAAUGGUCAGGUUGCUGAGAAGUUGAGCAGGUAUCAGGAGACUUUGUCCAAGGCGGAGACUGCUCAGCUUUCUAUCUAGACGUGCUAGAGUAGAUGGGGUGGUGGUGUAGUUUGCUUUUGGAAGUUCGGGUAUCAUAAGGAAGUGGGUAUUUGGUACAUAAAAAGGAUCCAAUAAAAUUCAGCAGGUUCUUACGAGAAAAAAUGAGGGUUGAUGAUCUUAAGCUGAUGGGGGAAAAGUAAAUAAAGCGUCGUUGACUAUCUG